AUGCGAACUGCUCAGGCGACAGUUGGAGACGCUGCAACAGCAGCUGCUUCAGACGUAGCAACUCUAGGAGCCAGCAGAUGCACCAAGAGUGAAGCGUCGGAAGCGGCAGGCUCUCCCAAAGGAGUUCCCAAUUCCUCGAGUAAACGGCAUUUUGAAAAGUUGUUGCAGGGAGUGUCAUGGUUUGGAGGCGAAAAAUCCACAAGCGUGUCAGGUGAAGCACCUGCGAAAGCUAGCGUUGGCAGUGAAAGCAAACAGACCGGUUGGACGCCUGCUCCCGUAGCAGCUGCAUCGGCAACAGGCGCACAUGGUGAAGGUCGGGCCGACGAGGCUCCCGAAGACUUGUCUGAGGACGAAAUGGUUCGCCCGCAUCGAGGAGCGCAAACAGCAGAGUCAAAGCCAACACAAGACGGGCGCUCUGGGGAUGAUUCGAGCAGUGUUCAUCUUCAGCAGCCCGACGACGUAGGUGCGCCGUUUGCUGAAGAAGCCACCUUCACGUUCAGGGAACAACAGCAGUCUGAUCUAAACAAAUUGGAAGCGCCGUGCUCAAGUCCCAGCAGAACGUCUAGAGAGAAGAAGGUUUCUCUCCAAGAGCCUGCAGGAGCAACGGCAGCAACAACAGAUUAUGGUGCAAGCAGCGCACCCACCAACAAGCGCGGCGUCGCUAAAUCGGGCGGACUACAUCUGCCUAUUCCAAACAAAGAGCGACGCUUUUUACAGUUCAAAAGAAAUUCUAGGCGCCAGAACGUGUCCCGUACGAGGAAAUUAGAAGUAGAGGAGAAAGUUGCAGAAGCCGUUGGAAGAGCUCCAGGACAUUGCUGGUUCUCUUUGUUUUCCACACCAGGAGCUCACUACAGAGCGCCGCGAAGUAGAAUAUCCUCUGAAGAAUUGGGAAUAUCCAAUUUUCCUGCAUUUGACCAUUGA